CACAGGAGAAAGGAGGGAAACAGAGUGUGUGUGUUUGUGUGUGUACGUGUGCGUGCGUGCAUGUGUGUGAGAGAGAGAGCAUGCUGCUUGUUACUGUUGCUGUGAUCUACAAGUAGGACAUGGUGACCACAAUGUCCCUCCAGAUGUGGAUGUCACUGUGAGGCUCCACAGCUGUUCGCACUUCUGGAUCCUUUCCGACAGCAUGCAGAAUCUCCGACACGCUGCGACUGAAGCGUUCCAGCGACUGGGUUUGAAGCAGAGACACACGGGAUACCAGGAGCUGGGAGAGCUGGAUAGUGUGGAAACUCCUCAACCUCAGUGGUUUCACACACUACAAGUGCGCAGGCUCCGAGCGCAGAGAGGACGCAGCAACAGCGACCCACUGGGGGGCAAGAACUUUCAGCCAGAGUUUCAAUGGAACACAGGUCUGCAGUUUGGAACGGCGAACUCCUACCUGAACCUGGAGAAACUAGGAGAGGGAACAUACGCCACCAUAUAUAAAGGAAUAAGCAGGAUAAACGGACACUUGGUGGCGCUGAAGGUGAUCCGAAUGAAAACGGAGGAAGGCGUUCCGUUCACAGCGAUCAGGGAGGCAUCUCUGUUAAAAGGCCUCAAACACGCCAACAUCGUCCUGCUCCAUGACAUCGUCCACACUCGCGAGUCCCUCACCUUCGUCUUCGAGUACGUGCAAACAGAUUUGGCUCAGUAUAUGAUCCAGCAUCCAGGAGGACUUCACCCCUGGAAUGUGCGAAUCUUCAUGUUCCAGCUGUUGCGAGGUUUAUCAUAUAUCCACAGCAGGAGGAUCCUGCAUCGGGAUCUUAAACCCCAGAACCUGCUCAUCAGCUACCUGGGCGAGCUCAAACUGGCCGACUUCGGUCUAGCCAGGUCCAAGUCGAUCCCAUGCCAGACGUACUCUGCAGAAGUCGUCACCCUGUGGUACAGACCACCUGAUGUUCUCCUGGGGUCCACAGAUUAUUCUACAGCACUGGAUAUCUGGGGUGCAGGCUGCAUUUUUAUCGAGAUGCUGCAGGGAGCGCCAGCGUUCCCCGGUGUGGCUGAUGUGUUUGAACAGUUGGUGAAAAUCUGGAGAGUUCUCGGUGUGCCCACGGAGGAGAGCUGGCCGGGAGUGAGCGAGCUGCCAAACUAUAAAACGGAAUGGUUCCUGCCCUGCAAACCCCAGCAAUUCAGAGAUGUCUGGAAAAGAUUUGCACAGUUACCCUAUAAGACGGAGGACCUGGCCCAGCAGCUGUUGAUGAUGAUUCCCAAAGAAAGGAUUUUAGCCCAGGAUGCUUUACUCCAUCCCUAUUUCAACCCGCUGCCACCACCUGUGAUGCAGCUGCGAGACACCGUAUCCAUCUUCAAGGUGCCUGGGGUGAGGCUGGAGAUGGAAGUGAGUGAUAUCUUUAGCCCUAACAGAUGGAUGAAGUCUAACCUAGUGCCACACGGGAAAUGCUGGUGAAAGGUUCCUUCUGGCCACGUCGAACACACAGAAAAUUUUAGAAGAAAGAGGAAGGAGGAAAAAAACAAACUCUUGGUAAUUGAGGAUCAUCAUGGAUUCCUCGUUGGCAAGAAUAACAGAACAAUCCUGAGUGUUGCUUUUAAGUGCAGCAUCCAUUUGCAGUGACCAUGAAGUGGUCUGGACUUGGGAAGGAUGGAUGGAUGCACGGAUGGGUGGAUAGAUGAAUAAAUGAAUGAAUUUAUGAAUGGAUGAAUACAUGGAUGGAUAGAUGUUUGGAUGGAUGGAUGGAUUUAUGAAUGGAUUGAUGUUUGGUGGAUAGAUGAAUGGAUGGAUGAACACAUGGAAGAAUGGCUGGAUAGAGGAAUGGAUGGAUAGAUGGCUGUUUGGAUGGAUGGAUAGAUGGAUGGGUGAAUACAUAGAUAAAUGGAUGGAUGAAUGGGUGGCUGGAUGAAUGAUGGAUGGAUGGAUGGAUGGAUAGAUGGAUUGAUCGAUCAAUGAAUACAUGGAUGAAUACAUGAAUGGAUACAUAGAUGAAUGUUUGUUUGGAUGGAUGGAUGGAUGGAUGGAUACAUAGAUGAAUGUUUGUUUAGAUGGAUGGAUGGAUGGAUGGAUGGAUGAAUGACACUCUGGAGUAAAGAUGUUCUUGAAGCUGUGGUAUUGAAAGAGUCAAUGACAUAAAUAGCACUUUUCAUGCAGCAUACAGAAAAUCCAAAAUCUACAGUUUCACCAAAGUCAAUGAGAACAAAUUUAAAAUGAUAUCCAAUAAAAAAGCGAAUUCUCUGAAGGGGAAAUGACAUGAGAGACGCAUCUGAAUCUUGUAGCAGCUACUUUCAUUUUGCUCAGUGAACUUUGACAAGCAUGAGGCAGGCAAAAGAAAAGGAGGAGGCAGGGCUAUGGUGUCUUUGUUUGGUAAAAGAAUUGAGGAACUGCCUCAUUAACUAUCAGUGAACACCAGAUAUUUUCCUUGCUGUUUUCUUGCAGCUGGAAAAAAAAAAAACAGUCAAAUCUUUUCCAAAGAAAACGUAAGAAAUAAAAUCAAAUCUUCAAUCGUGAAUCCACUGGUAAAUUCUUGUUGGAGCAACGUUGGCAUCUCUGUAGCAUAUAAUUUAUGUAGCUUUAUGUAAAUAUUUUUCCGAAAGGCCUUUUAAUGUGGAAAGAAGUGAGCCAGAGAGAGAGAGAGAGAAAGGGAAAGAGAGAGAGGGAGGGAGAGGUAAAAAUCUUUCACAUAUGCACACUGACCCAUGAGCGUUAAGGCAAAUUGCAAAUUGAAAGGUCAUGGCCAUAUAGGAACAAAAGCUGGAGCUGAUCCCAGAUCCUCCCAGAGAGAGAGAGGGAGAGAGAGAGAGAGAGAUGAACAAUACUUUCCUGGAAGUUCUUCAUCCUUCCAAAUCCUUUCAGGUGAUGUGUCUUGUGUCUGACUGCUCCAUCAGUUUGGCAUCUCAUUGUGGACUUUCUGUGCAGCGUUUAGCAUGCAUGAUGUGUAAGUGUAAUCAAAACGAAUAUUUUUUACAGAUCUUUGUGCAAAAAAAAAAUUAACUCAUACGGAUUUCUUUAGCCGUAUUAUCCUGUUCAUCAGGGCUGUUUAUCGAUGCUUAUUGCUCACUGAUUAAAAACCCAGGAGCAGCAGUAUAAUGUAGGAGGAUCUCACAUACCGUUCCAGCUGCUGGAACAACAUCUGUGCCCACUGAUGACCCGAAUCAUCGGCUGUAUGAUGAUUUCAUAUCCGUACAGGUGUGUAGCAUGUGAGCAAAGCGUAGCCAAUGUCGCAAAUGUGUUUGUGUUUGUGUGUGUAUUAAUACAAUUCCUGAAUUCUGUUCAUGUUCGUGUCAAAUAAAUAUCUCUCUCGGAUGA